AUGACUUCUGUAGCAUCUCCUUCCUAUUUACGUGUUUGCUUAUAUUUACUGUUCACUUUUUUCAGGCAGAAGUCUUUACUUCCUCCUUUUGAGUCUGCUGAAAUGCGUAUUUUAGCAGAAAGUUUAAGCAGGGACAUCGUUCGUGGUAGUCCAGAUGUUAAAUGGGACGGCAUUAAAGGGUUAGAGAAUGCAAAACGGCUACUCAAAGAAGCAGUUGUCAUGCCCAUAAAAUAUCCAAAGUACUUCACUGGUCUUCUAACACCAUGGAAAGGUAUUCUCCUAUUUGGACCCCUAGGAACUGGGAAGACUAUGCUAGCAAAAGCUGUUGCAACCGAGUGCAAUACCACAUUCUUCAACAUUUCUGCAUCAUCAGUUGUCAGCAAAUGGCAGGGUGACUCGGAGAAAUUGAUCAAAGUAUUAUUUGACCUGGCUAGGCAUCAUGCUCCAUCAACUAUAUUUCUCGAUGAGAUUGAUGCAAUUAUCAGCCAACGAGGUGAACGACGCAGUGAGCAUGAAGCUAGCAGGCGCUUAAAAACUGAGUUGCUCAUACAGAUGGACGGUUUAUCAAGGACGGAUGAACUUGUUUUUGUCUUGGUGGCAACAAACCUCCCCUGGGAACUAGAUGCGGCCAUGCUCAGACGUCUUGAGAAACGGAUCCUUGUACCACUACCAGAACCAGAAGCUAGAAGAGCCACGUUUUUCGGGUUCCGAUAUUUGGCUAUUGUGCAAAGAGGCUACAAUGCAGCCCUGAGACGGCUAAUUGCACUUCUUGAGGACAUACAAGAAAUGGUACCUAAGGAUGAGUUGCCCAAAGCUGGACCAAUUACACAUGGAGACAUUGAGAUGGCUUUGAAAAACACUAGACCAUCUGCGCAUCUCCUUGCUCAUCGCUACGAGAAGUUUAAUGCUGACUAUGGCAGCCAAAUACUCCAUGGAUUGAGCGACGGUGCUCACGCUACUGUACGUAGCAGCCAUUGCACAUUACUACCACGCAUUGGCGAUUGUCGAACAGGCUCUUCGUCAUGCAGCGGUGCUUGCCAAGCAAGCUUUUUACUGCGCACGGCAAGGAGGACCUUUAAGAUGUGGAAGAUUAGAUCGACGGAGUCGGCUGGUGGGGCGAAUUUGGUGGCUCCUCCGUUAGAAUUUUUGAAAAGAAAAAUGUGGAAGCUCAAAAUUGCUCAAGGCAAUGGACCAUACUUGUACAGCACCAAUAAUUUUGUAGGCAGACAAAUUUGGGAGUACGAUCCUAAUGGAGGAACACUCGAAGAGCGCCAAGAAUAUGAAAAGGCGCGCGAAGAAUUUCAGAAGAAUCGGGAGAAGGGAAUUCAUGCAAGUGGAGAUUUGUUCACGAGAAUUCAGCUUAUAAAAGAAAGUGGCAUUGAUCUGUUAAGCAUUCCGCCAGUGAGAUUAGAUAAAAGUGAAGAAGUAACCUAUGAAGCAGCUACCACGGCCGUGAAGAAAGCUUUACGGUUAAAUCUGGCAUUGCAAGCAAGUGAUGGGCAUUGGCCAGCUGAAAAUGCAGGCCCUAUGUUUUUCACACCUCCAUUGAUCAUUGUCUUGUAUAUCAGUGGCAAAAUUAACACCGUCUUGACACCAGAACACAAGAAAGAGAUGAUUCGUUAUAUUUACAAUCACCAAAAUGAUGAUGGUGGAUGGGGAUUCUACAUUGAAGGCCAUAGCACCAUGAUAGGCUCUGUGCUAAACUACGUCACAUUACGUCUAUUAGGAGAAGGACAGGACGAUGGCAACGGUGCAGUUACUAAAGGCCGCAAGUGGAUACUUGAUCAUGGGGGUGCAACUAGUAUUCCCUCCUGGGGAAAACUCUUUCUUUCUGUCCUUGGUGUGUAUGAUUGGGAUGGAUGCAAUCCAAUACCUCCGGAAUUCUGGCUUUUCCCAUCAUUUUUGCCUUUUCAUCCAGCAAAAAUGUGGUGUUUCUGCCGUACAACUUACUUGCCCAUGUCGUACUUGUACGGAAAAAAAUACCAUGGCCCACUCACUGAUCUCGUUUUAUCCCUUAGACAAGAAAUUCAUGUCAAAUUGUAUGAUCAGAUAGACUGGAACAACACACGCCAUAUUUGUUGUAAGGAAGAUUUGUACUAUCCGCACACCUUCAUACAAGAUUUGCUCUGGGACACACUCAACUACAUUACAGAACCACUAAUGAGGGUUUGGCCUCUGAACAAGAUUAGAGAAAAAGCUCUUGAAAAGGCAAUCAAAUUAAUGCGCUACUCGGCUGAGGAAACUAGAUACAUUACCAUGGCAUGCAUAGAAAAGAGUCUACAAAUGAUGUGUUGGUGGGCACAUGACCCAGAUGGUGACGAAUACAAGCAUCACCUUGCAAGAAUUCCUGAUUUCUUGUGGAUUGCUGAAGAUGGAUUGAAAACACAGACUUUUGGUAGUCAAUUAUGGGAUUGUUCUCUUGCCACUCAAGCUGUUGUUGCAACGGGCAUGGUUGAGGAAUAUGGUGAUGGUCUUAAGAAGGCAUACUUCUACUUGAAAGAAUCUCAGAUCAAAGAAAACCCAACUGGCAACUAUAAAAGUAUGUAUCGUCACUUUACUAAAGGUGGAUGGACUUUCUCCGAUCAAGAUAAUGGGUGGUCUGUAUCAGAUUGCACAGCCGAGGCGCUUAAGUGUCUACUUCUACUCUCACAAAUGCCAACUGAAAUUACUGGAGAAAAAGUUGACGUGGAGCGCUUGUAUGAAGCUGUAAAUGUCCUCCUUUAUGUACAAAGCCCGAACACUGGUGGGUUAGCACUCUGGGAGCCCCCAAUUCCACAGCCAUAUUUACAGAUGUUGAAUCCUUCAGAACUCUUUGCUGACAUAGUCGUCGAGCAAGAGCAUGUUGAAUGCACUACUUCUGUAAUCCAUGCGUUUGUAUUAUUCAAGAGUUUGCAUCCAGACCAUCGGAAGCAAGAAAUUGAGAACUCUAUAGCAGCAAGUGUACGAUUCCUUGAAGAAAGACAAUGGCUUGACGGUUCAUGGUAUGGGUAUUGGGCAAUUUGUUUCCUCUACGGGACAUUCUUUGCUCUAAAAGGAUUAGCUGCUGCUGGUAAGACAUAUGACAACAAUGAAGCAGUUCGAAAAGGUGUUAACUUUUUCUUGUCAACACAAAACGAAGAAGGUGGAUGGGGAGAAAGCCACGUGUCCUGCCCAACUAUGAAAUACACACCGUUGGAAGGAAAUAGAACAAACUUGGUACAAACAUCAUGGGCAAUGCUAGGCCUAAUGUACGGUGGACAGGCGGAGAGAGAUCCAGCACCUUUACAUAAAGCAGCAAAGUUGUUGAUUAAUGCGCAAAUGUAUAAUGGAGAUUUCCCUCAACAGGAAAUAACUGGAGUCUACAUGAAGAACUGUAUCUUGCAUUUUGCCCAAUAUCGCAACAUUUUUCCGUUGUGGGCACUUGGAGAAUAUCGUAAACGUGUCUGGUCAUCCAGAGCCUCUUAA